GUGUGAUUUGAUAAUGUAGUUGCAGGUGUCAAAAUAUUUUGUAAAAAAGUUGAUUGUGUUGAUUUACAAUUCGCUUUAAUUUCUAACGGUCUACAAUGAGUCGAAGUCAGACGGUGUUUCAAGCAACUUGGAAAGUUGAAUUUCCAUGGGUAGAGCAAGAUAAACGACCAUUUUAUGCUCUUUGCACUAUGUGCAAUAAAUCAUUUACAUUUGAAUCAAUGGGUCGCUCAGCUUUAACCAGUCAUACGAAAAGUAAAAAACAUAAAGAUUUAAUGGAUAUUGCUAGGAAAACAGUGCCUAUUUCAAAUUCAGUGGUAACAAAACCAUCAGAACCAUCAUCUCAGACCAGUUCUUCUAUUUCGUUAAAUAAUCGUUUAUCACAACAUUUACUUGAUUCACAUCUCACAAAAGAUACUGUGACUGAAGCUGAAAUCUUAUGGUGCAUUGAAACGGUGAUGACACACACGUCUUUGCGAUCUGCUGAAAGUAACGUACUUCUUUUUAAACGAAUGUUUCCGGACAGUGAAAUUGCCAAAAGUCUUAAAUUGCACAAAGAUAAAGUAUCGUAUGGUGUUGCUUUCGGCAUUGCUCCAUAUUUCCAAAAGGAAUUGGUCAACAAAUUGAAAAAUCGUGAAUUUUUAGUAAUCGGCUUUGAUGAAUCUCUGAAUAAAGUCGCACAAAAAAAUCAAAUGGAUUUGAAUAUUCGUUUUUGGGAUGUCGAUAAAAAUCAGGUUUCUUGUCGCUAUUUAACAUCUGUUUUUCUUCACCAUACAACAGCAGAGGAUCUUCUUGAUGGACUAAAAUUUGGUCUAAGUGAAAUUGACCUUCAAAAAAUCUUACAAAUUUCUAUGGAUGGACCUCAUGUUAACUGGAAACUGAUUCGUUUAUUUAACUCGGAAUUACGUUUACCUCCUGAUUCACCAAAGUUACUGGAACUAGGCUCGUGUGGACUCCACGGCGUUAAUGGAGCUUUUAAAACAGGUAUUAAGAAAACUGAAUGGAACUUAGAUGCAUUUUUAAGAGCGUCCUAUAAUUUGUUUAAACAAGUACCUGCCCGUCGCGGAGAUUUUGUCAAAAUAACUGGCUGCAAAGAAUUUCCUUUAAAAUUUUGUCAAGUUCGUUGGACAGAAAAUUCUAAAGUUGCACGACGAAUUGAAAAUAUUCUACCUCAUCUGAUUAAAUAUGUUGAUCACGCAAAAUCUACUAAAAAAGAACCUACGUGCAAUAGUUUUACAAUUGUUGCUGAUGCAUUAACUGAUAAACUUUUGCCUGCAAAACUUUCAUUUUUUCGAUCUUUAGCUGAAGACUUAGAACCGUUUUUAACUGAAUUUCAGUCAGAUGCUCCAUUAGCACCUUUUUUAUUUGAUAGUCUAACAUUAAUGCUAAAAAACUGCAUGACAAGAUUUGUAAAAGAGGAUGUGAUUCUAAAAACUCGACUGCACAAGAUCGAUGUUUUAAAGAAAACUGACGGUAAAUAUGAAAAUCUAAAGUGGACGAAAGAUGUUGAUCUUGGUUAUGCUACCUGUUAUGCAUUACAAAGGUGUGAAGGAACGAGCCCUAAGGAAAUUCUUCUAUUUAAACAAAAUUGUAGAAACUGUCUGCAACAUUUAGUAAACAAGUUGUUGGAGAGAACGCCUUUAAAAUAUCCUUUGACGGAAGCUUUAACUUGCUUAAAUCCUCAUAAAAUUGCUUUUUGUGUAAAAGAAGCGAAAAAGCAACUACGUAUUGCUUUAGAUAUUCUUUUAAAAGCGAAUAUUUUUUCUUCGGCACUAAUUCAAAACGCAGAUCGAGAAUAUAAAACUUUAUUAUCAGACCAAUCAAUCAUUGAGCAAAUGAAGCUUUACUGCAGAAACGAUUCGCGUUUGGAUGAUUUUUGGAUGCAAACACUUUCAAUUCGACCAGACAUUGAAACUAAAAGUCUGAAAGAAGUCUUAAAGACUUUUUUUAUAUUGUCGCACGGAAACGCAACUUUAGAAAGGGGAUUUUCUGUGAAUAAAGAGAUGAUCAUUGAAAAUUUAAAAGAAGAAACUCUUAUUGCGCAUCGAAUCAUUUAUGAUUCGGUAACAAGUUCAGGAGGUCUUACCAACAUAAUCAUAACAAAAUCAUUAAUUCAUUCAAUGAGGAAUGCUCACGGAAAAUGGCAGGAUGCUUUAGAAAAGCAUAGGAAGGAUAGACUUGAAGAAGAAAAAGCUAAAGAGAACCAAAGAAAAAUGGAAAAGGAUAUAAAAGAAUUAAACAGUAAAAAAGCAAAGCUGUUGUCAGAAACUGCACUAAAAGUUGCUAACAUUGACGAAACUUUAAAAAGUUUGCGGAAAAAAUAACUCUUCUAGUCUUGAAGUUAAUUUAUAAAGCUUAUAUUAUAUUAACUUAAAAUACUAUUAUAUUUUAUACCUCGUUCAAAUUGAAGUUAAUACAUGUUUAUAAACUACUACUCUUUAAGAAAUGAAAAUAUAUAAUUAUUUAUGCGUAUUUUAAAUAUAAAUUAUGGUUGCUAUGUGAUAAAUGUACAAAUUAAGUUGGUUUUAUAUUUCACAAAGACUCUACUGUUUCCAUGUUAUAAGAGGUAGCAUAUUGAAAACAUUGCAAUUGUUUAAUCGUUUAAUUAAAAGUAUUUUCAUGGUUGUGAACUUUUUAAAUAAAUUUACUUUUAAAUUUUUUAAAUUUUAUGAAUAUAUACCUACAUGCAUUAAUUUAUAACAUUAAACUACAAAGGUAGGUUGCCAAAAUAGACUAGAAUUUGUUAUUCAUGCUUUUUAAAAAAAGAAAAUUUAAUAUUUUCAACCGGAAAAAACCGGGAAAAACCGGGAAAAAACCGGGAAAUGACCGGGAAUUUGGCAAGCAAAAUUUAGUAGACACCCUGAUAUAUAUAAAAUAUAUAAAAGUGAUCUUCAUAUAGUACGUGGACAAUUUUUUGUCAAUUUUAGAUCCCCCUUCCAAGUGGACAUUUUUUAUGAGAAAUUGAUA